AAAAUCCUACUGAAACUUUGUGUAUACGUCAUACAUUUGUGUAUUGACGGUUAGUCCGUGACGAUUUACACGUUCAGUUCUUAGGCGAAGUAUUCAUUGUUGUAAAGGGAGUCGGUCUUGCUAAAAAUACAGGAAGGGAAAGCCUGCUGGAAGAUGCUCCGUCUGCGCUGCAAGGCCAAGAAUGGGACUCACAUGAUGCAGGGCCUGACGCACCAGUCCUGUGUGGAGGAGCUGAAGAGCAAGGUGAAGGAGCUGACGGGCAUUCCCUGCGACGUGCAGAAGAUCAUGGUGGGCUACCCGCCCUCCAGCCUGGACCUGAGCAGUGGGGGAUCCCUCAAGGACUACCCCAUCAAGUCAGGAGACACGCUUAUAGUGGAGGAGGAGAAGAACAAGCCCGUGCCCCAGGCCAAAGCACCGGUGAGCAAGGCUCCCACGCCCGCCGAGCCCCGACCGGAGGCCCCGCCCGCACUGACCCGGCGCGUGGUCCCAGCCGACAACUCCUGCCUGUUCACCAGCGUGUACUACGCGGUGGAGGGCGGGGUCUACGACCCGGCCUGCGUCCCCGAGAUGAGGGGCCUCAUCGCCCAGAUCGUGGCCAGCGACCCCGCCUCGUACUCGGAGGCGGUCCUGGGCAAGAGCAACGAGGAGUACUGCGCCUGGAUCCGCCGCGACGACACCUGGGGCGGGGCCAUCGAGGUGUCCAUCCUGUCCAAGUUCUACCAGUGCGAGAUCUGCGUGGUGGACACGCAGACGGUGCGCGUGGACCGCUUCGGCGAGGACGCCGGCUACCCCCGGCGCGUGCUGCUCAUCUACGACGGCAUCCACUACGACCCGCUGCAGAGGGAGACGCCCGGCCCGGACGCCCCGCCCCAGACCAUCUUCCCGGCGGCGGACGACGUCAUCCUGGCCCAGGCGCUGGAGCUGGCGGACGAGGCGCGGAGGAAGCGGCAGUUCACGGACGUCAACCGCUUCGCGCUGCGCUGCAUGGUGUGCCAGACCGGCCUGGUGGGACAGGCAGAGGCUCGCGAGCACGCCAAGGAGACGGGGCACGCUAACUUUGGAGAGGUGUGACUGUACCCCCCGUUUCUGCCCCCUUUACAACAUCGCCUGCUGUACAUGCAAGCACACACACACACACGCAGAUAUUCAUAUGCAGACAUACACUCGCAUACACGUGCACGCACACACGUACACGCACUAGCACACACACACAUUCACUCACAUACACGUGCACGCACACACGUACACGCACUAGCACACACACACACAUUCACUCACAUACACGUGCAUGCACACACAUACGCACACUAGCAUGCACAGACAUACGCUAGAACACACAGGCAUAGCAGAAUUCAGACACAGCAGUGAGCGUGUGACCAUCAGCCACAGAGAGUGUCCCAGCACUGGAAGGUCUAUGAGAUUGUGGUAAGGUCCCUUUGGCUGUGCACCUUUGGCUUGUACUUCAGCGAGCUGACUGUAUCCCAAGUUGUGCAGUGCAGUGCCACGUUUAAGUAUGCACUGCUGACCUUACCCUCAAUCUAACGCCAGACCAUUCCCACAUAUCUCACUCUCUUUCUCACACACACACGCGCACACACACACACAUACAUAAGCACACACAUAUGGACACUACCAUCGUCCCUGUCCCUCUCUGUCUGAACUCAGAGGUGUGUUUUUCUACCUCACCCAUCUUGGAUCCACCGUUGGACGUUGUCUUCAGACACUGCUGCCCAGCCCCACUGUUACCGAACCUUCAGUGUUAAGAGCUGCUGUUAUCCGCUCUCAGAAACAGGGCUCCUGUCCUGGCCUUUCAGUUUCAUCCACAAUCCGUUAUGACAUAUUUAUUGUUUGUCCUCGAUUAUUUGUUGUCAUGUGCUCUUUGUUUUGCAUCUAGGUCAGUGAUCGUCAUUCCUGGUCCUGGAGAGCCACAGAGUCUGCUGAUUUUACCGUUACUCGGCACCUAACUGAUAACUUAAAGCAGUCGAUUACUCCGUUAUCUGACCUCACCUGGUUUCUUGAUUCUGAACUGGUUAUUGAUAUAUAGGCGAAAAACAAAACCAGCAGACCCUGUGUCCUGCCAAGACCAGGAAUGAAGAUCACUGAUCUAGGAUAUAUCCUGAUACGUAUGUGGCAUAUUUCAGGUUUGUGCUCGCCUGAAAGAUCAGUUGUACCAUAACUGACCUUAUGGAAGCCAUCCUUCUCCAAGUUCUCAAUACCAAGUGCAAUACUAGUGUUAUCAUUGCAAUGUAGUGUGUCAACAAAUUAAUGUUUUUAUUUUAUUAGUACUUUCAUUUUACCUCAUCUGCCACAUCCGUAACUUAUAUUAUAGCUUCACGUAAAAUAUGCUUAACGAGAGGCUUAAUACACAACAUAUAGACACAUUCUGUUUUAUUUCAAAGGAAAAAAACUUGAAAAUAGCAUUCAGUAGCAUGAUCAGCUCAUGGUUUUCAUAAAGCCUUGCCAUGUGAUUGACAUGAAUUGGAAAAGGUGAAAAAUUCCCACUCUUUUCUAAUAAUGUGUUAUUAGUACUGCUUAGGGGGGUACAAAUAUGUGUGCUGUAUCCAAAAAUACCCUCUUGAAAAAUUGCACACGUAUGGUCAUUUGCUUUUUCCAUUUUCACUCUUGAUACACUAAUUUCAGCCUUGAAAACACAGGUGAAUAGAUGAAAUCCUCAGCAGUAGUCUACAUUUGUGAAGUGUGUUGUUUCUUUUCAGUACAAAGUAACCCCAACAAGUUGCAGUUAUAUUAGUAUAGAUAGGGGCAGAGUUGCAGGAGGAUUUUUUUAACAACUUUAGAGGUGUUAAUUAUGCAACAGAUUGAUACAGUUUACAUAUAUCCCCAAAGGAAUAUAUUCUGUGUUAUGGCAUUUCUGGGAGCCACAUAUUCCUGCAACAAAACAUCUGGAUGUAACCCUGUCCAGAUCAUAUUCUGUACUGCCGAUCCGGAAGGCUCCAGGUUCUGUUUUUAACAUAUACCUUAUAUGUUGACUCGGUGCAGAACAGUACCUGUUAGGCAGCAUAUCUAACCCGGAUGCUAAAACAUUUCAACACAUGCUGGAGGACUGUGCAGAAGACACACAGCACAGGGCAAAUUUGCAUUGAGCGGUCUUUGUUGGAACACUCAGGUGAAAUAUAUGUGAAAUGUGGAAGCCAAAAUAAUGUGGUACAUAACUAAUGCCUCUUCAUAUCUUUGGCUGUAGUUAAUAGCCAGGCUGUACGAGCUGGAAAUGAUAGUGUCCCACGCUGACUGACUGACUGACUGAUGGCCCGACUGACUGAGCGGCCGGGUGUCCUAACUGUACCUCAUUUCACCCCUGUGUACCGAAACGGCCGGCUGUGUUGCCGGAGUCCCCGAACUGUGCCUGGAAAUAUGUGAAGCCGUUACCGAAGCAAUGCUGUAACCGUAGAUUAAAAGGAUGGAGGAAAUCUUCCCACUGCUUGUCAAAUGGGAGCAAAAAUAAUAAUAAAAAUAAACUUGGUAUAGUAUGUUUAACCAUUGUUCUGGAAUGAACAGUUGACACGUGUACUGUUUAGUCAGUGUGCUGUUAUACAUGGACAGUGUGCUGCGCUAUUGCAACAUUCUCUAUAAAGCUGGAUUUUCACCUUGCAUGCCUACAAGGAAGUUUCAAACUGAAAUUCAACACAAGCCUCUGUGUUAAGUAUAGGAUGGGGGAGGGGUCACAGAACACAUCCCUUUAGAACUGUGUGACCUGACAUUUUAUUCUCUUCUUUUAAAACAGAAAAUAAAUAAUUGUAUUCAAGCUGAUGUGACAUCGGAUUCAAGGUCAUAUUGGGCCUUGUGUAAAAUUUCAUGAAUGAAUUCACUACUUACAAUAGGGUAUUUUACAGUGUUUUGUUUCAGCAGAAAGCCAAGAGGUUAAAAAGACCUUGUUGUGGACUCUGUUGUGCUUUGUAUGGGCGUAUCAAUUAACAUUUUCUUUUUUUACGGAGGGCGGAACAGCCGUUCAUUUCAAGGAGAUGCAUGAUCACAUGGCCUUUACGUCAUACAUUCGUCGGAAUGUUGAUUAUUGUCAGUGUUCCCACUUUUUUUCAUAAGUCUGUGAUCUUGAAUAAACCACUGUGUUUGUUCCUUUUAAAGGUACAGCGUCGUAAUCACAGUGGCUGCCAUGACUGCUCCAAUGCUUAUGAACUAAGGUCCGUCAGCAUUAUAUGUAAGCCUGCGUAUCUCACUUGGUGGGCAGUUUAGUUAUGACAAUUUCAUAUUUUCAGUUCAAAAGAGCAGCAGGAGGCAUUCCAUUUAACUGUGUCAUAAGCUUGUUAUAUAGCUCCACUGAAAUCAAAAUGGUCGUGAUUCUAAAUGCAUGGACAUACGAGCACAGAGACCCGUUCAAAGAUGGUUGCACACAGCUAAUGAAUGUUGCAUGUCAAGCACUAAGCAGAUUGUACUUGAUUCCCAAUAUGCUGUCGCAAAAAAAAAAAAAAAUGAAGCUGCAUUCUUUGUGUAGAAUGUCGUUGCCAUUGUCGGUUUCUCUGCCGGUCAUGUGUGUUUCUUACAGGUAUGUUAUAGUCGUACUGUAAUGUGGAAUAAGCUUAUAUGUUGCAUAUUGGCGCAGAAUGCAUUGUGACAUUACUAUGCCGUUAUGUUCAACUUUUUACAUACUUUGUCCUCAGAUUGCCCUCAUCGUAUGGCCAAACACUGGACCCACCUCAUAGCAUUAUUCCUGUCUGUCUCUUGUGAAGAAUCACAGUUUUAAUGGAACACUGUUGAUGUAGAGUUUGUAAUGCUCAGGACAUUCUCACAUGGAACUCACACUGUGGACUUAGGAUUGAUGUGUGAUGGACACAUGCCAGACUGAAUGGGAGAGACUAUACUGGUUUAGUACAAACGCCUGUUUGUUUAAGGUUGGAAACGAAUCGAUUACGUACAAAUCUGUACCGCUUAUGCAAGAGUGAGCUGUAGAGGUUACUUUUUUUCCUGACGUGAGCAUUAUUCUGCGUAAAAGAUUGAAGUAGUUUGAAAAAGGGAAAUGGCUGGUAAAUUGCUUUUAUUUUUUAGAAUUGCAGUAGUAGACAUUUUAGAAUGGAUGGGAUGUGUUUAUGGGUUCAAUUCAUUUUUUUUUUUUUUUUGUUUUGUUCAGAAAUGCAAGCCCCUGUUGUCAUAACCUGGUGUUUUGUACUGCCCUUGGCACAUUACUGUAUAAUGAGUAUUAUUUUAUAUUUGCUGGAAAUGAAUACAGGUGCAGUGGAAAUCAGGGCAAAAUGGGCCUUCAAUAAAAUAUUGUGAAAUUAUA